GCGGGCGGGCCGCCGUGCAUAACUGCAGGAACGAAAUCUGAAUCCGCGUCGCCCGCGUGCUUUGAUUGUUUGAUUGUUCCAGGUUGUUACUGCGGCACAGACUCACAGACUCUCUCUCUCACACACUCACAGUGUAGGCGUCCUACUACUAGGAGGUACCUUAGCUCCUCCGUUCUUCAUCACCUCCGCCCAUCACCGACCAGUCACGACUCACCAAUCACCAGUCACCAGUCACCCGUCACCAGUCACCAGUCCGUUGCAGAGAACAACCCCUUGUUCGCCCGCACCCGCAUCGCCGCCCUUUCAUCAUCCCUGGCAUGCCACACGGUAUCGACGCAGCGGCUGUCGACUUUUGAUUGCACGCAACACAAGGGGACGCGCGAGUGGGGCUACCGCCAACUGCACUGCUGCGAGGUGCGCCGUCGUGCUCAUCAGGGCUCACUGUUGGUCUUGGUCUGGUCUGGUCUGGCUCAAUGCCUUGGCUGAGUCUCCCGCACUACUCUCGGACGCACCGGGCUCGUGGCGUCGGCCUAGCUCUCUAAGUACCGUCUCUUCGCACACCUCCUCCUGCUGUCGUGGUGUCUUCCUUUCUGGUCCCAUAUGCCCUCCUUUGCCUAGACACCAUCGACUCCGUCUCUGAGAGACCUGGCCUGGUGCUAUCACACUCCUUCAACCACUACCACCAUCAACCACACUCACUUCCACCCCCACCACUCCCCUCCCAUCACACUCAUUCAAAAAGGCUCGCUCUCGUCGACUCGUCCCUUCCUUUGGAACACAUUAAACCUCUCAACCGUUCUUUUCUUGAGCAUUGGCCAGCAGCUUCGACAGCACCGGCAUUCCCUUCUUGGCCAUCACGGGCACCCACCCACCCACCCACCAUAGUAACAGCAACAGCAUCAGGAACAGCAGCAGCAGCAGCACCCAAGAAAUACAACAGAACAUACAACAGUCUUUGAAUCGACACAGGAUUCGCCAUCAUGCUUCUUCCAUUCUCCCUUUUCGCCCUUCUCUCGGCCCUGGCCGUACGGACUGCGUCCGCUGCCACCGUCAUGGCGCAUAUGAUGGUCAUGAACACGUAUGCCUACGACGUGGACAUGUGGGAGACAGACAUGGCUGCUGCCCAGGCCAUCGGUAUCGACGGCUUUGCCUUGAACUGGACCCCUCCUAACUGCCAGGACGAUCAAAGCUGGGCCAUUGAUCGCAUCGACGAUGCAUUCACAGCUGCCGAGAACGUGGGCUUCAAGCUCAUGUACUCGUUCGAUAUGAGCUACACGGAAUGCAAAGUCUACUGGAACACGACCUUCAUGCAGACCAUGAUCACCAAGUACGCCGGCAGCCCCGCCACAUACCGCUGGAACAGCAACAUCUUGGUUUCGACAUACGGUGGCGACCAAGUCCACCAGUACGGCAAUGCUUUCUUCCAGACUCUCAAGACCAACAUGAAGUACUGGAACAAUGCCAUCACUCUUGCGCCUGCUCUCACGACAUACUCGAUGUCCGGCUACACUUCACCUACGUCCGCCGCUGCCAAGCUGAUCUCCGACUAUCCCUCGGUCGACGGAUACUUCAACUGGCAAGCUUGGCCACUCGAUACCGAUACCAACAUCACCGCCACACCUGACCAAGCGUUCCAGUCCGCACUGAAGAAAGCCGGCAAGACAGGACCGUACAUUAUGGCUGUGUCUCCAUGGCAGUACAAGGAUCUGGACAAUGGCAAUCCCCUCGAUGCCUGGGUCGCAUACAGUGACACUCUCUUUCCCCAGCGCUUUGCGCAGAUCACCAGCGACGACGAAGUCCAGCCAGACAUCAUUGAGAUUCUCACGUGGAACGACUUCUGCGAGUCGCACUACAUUCGCGAUCUUCCUUCGCAAGACAUCAAUGCCAAAGACUAUGUCGAGCUCGGAAACAUGGGUGCAUAUGUGUGGGGCCAGGACCAUGCUCCCUGGCGCAUCAUUGCCAAGUACUACAUCAACUGGUGGAAGACGGGCAGCCCUCCUGCCAUUACUGAGGAUCAAGUGGUGUUCUGGCAUCGCAUUCACCCCAAGGCCACCAUCUGCGAAGGCGGAUCCUCGACCGGCAUUCGUAACAACAAGUAUCCGAAUGACGCAGUCUUUGCUUGGGCUCUUGUCAAGGACGCUGCCACCAUCUCCAUGUCAGUGGGCAGUAACAAGUACUGGACAUUCUCGGCCGACAACUCGGGGCCUUCUAUGGGCAUGGUACCAUUUCCGCCGUACGUCUCCGGUACUGGUGUCAAGCCAGAAGUGUCCAUCAUGCGCGGCGGAAAGGUGGUAGCAGUGUCCGACAGCUCAGUCGCCAUCUCGGCGAAUUGUGCUUACCAAAACUUCAACCCUGUGGUGAACCUGGUCAGCGUUGGCACCAGUACAUCCGCGGCCUGAAAGCGACUUUUUAUUUUCUCGAAAACGCGCAACAAUUGACUACGUUGCCUCAUUUUUGCAUUAGCCUGGCGCUCUUUACGUUGGAAUGUACGACCCUCAUGCGCUCAAGGAAGAACGAUAGAGUCUAAAUUAGCGACGCUUUUUUGUUUGGCAUGGAAUGGGUGCUGUUGGUGGGACCGGCAUGACUAUUCGAAAGGAUGGUCUGGCCUCGGCAUUUUCAUUCUACUUCUUGCUGUACAGCAAUUGACAGAGGUAUCAACUGAUUACUUCUUGCUCUCUUCUCUUCUCUUUUCUUCUCUUCUCUUUCUCUUUCUCUUCGCCAAGUACUACAAGUAUGUAUCUCCUACUACAUACAUUACCU